AUGGAUGGUAUGAUCUGAUUUCUAAGCUUUUCAUUUGCGUUUUUAUGUAUAUGACUGAUACAUGCCUGAACUAUUACCUUGUUUGGAUGGUAGCCGAAUAUAUCAGAACAUUUGCUUUUUUUAUUCAUAUCUUCUCUGCGUGUCUAUGUAUACAUAUACGUAUAGACAAAUGUAUUAAUGUGUAAGGAAGUUCACGACAUAGCUUGAAAUUUUUAAUAUUGAAUACAUUGACAUGCUCAUAUUUGGUGAAAUUGGUGGAGAAAUGAAGGCUUUGCCACUCAAGAACAUCCCGGGGGAAUGGAUCACCGGAGAAAAAUUGUGACAAAAGCUAUGAAAUUAAAUUUAUUAAAUUUAUCCUCAUAUCGCUUUAUCUUUGCCCAAGCACUGGUUAAUUCAAAUCUCAUUUCAAAAGCUAUGAAGAAAUUAUCACUUUUUUUUUUUAACUAUCCUUCCUGAAAUUCAAUUUUUUGACGAUACCUACUUGAUUUCUGGAAAGUGAUUCUACUAUAGUCUUGACAGUAUGUCAUGUGAUUGCCUGAAAUAUUUUACAUUUGGACAUUUAGGUCACUUGAUUAUAUCAGUUUUGGAGUUGAUGCUAAUAGUUUUUCUUCUUCUCUCGGCUGACCUGGUGAAUUUCAGUUGAUUCGCAACCAACAAUGGAGGAAACUAUUCUUGUGGGCGAUGAUCUCAUGCUGGGCCCACCGUCGCCUCUCAUACCAACCGAGAUCGCAUCUCAUGUCCUUCAAGGUGUUGAUUUGUGCGACGGGGUAUUGAGAAACCUCUUCCUCUGUGAGUGCCAGAUGCCUCAAAAUCCUUCCAGAUGGGGGGCUUUGGCGUCUGGGUCUGAUCAAUCUCAAUGGUCCAGGUUUGCAGAUCAACGACAUCGAACCCUUUUGCCAAGAUGAGAUCGUGUUGUAUCGCCAGUGCGCUGAAAAUAGGGUAUCAUUUUGGGCCCCCCAGAAUGUGGGGCCUUCUCUAAUUGGUCUUAUUUUAUCGGCCAUAUUUUUUUUAAAAUAAUUUUAUUUGAUCGAAUGGUUUUCCUUGGAAUGCGUUCUUAGGACAAGUUAUUGAGGCAAAGACUUCAAGAAAGUGAGCACAAACUAGGAUUAUCAAUGCCCCUGGAGGAAGCGAAGGAAAGGGCUUCUCAACUUCAGGCAGAAGUGACGUCGCUCGAGAGGUUCUAACCUUAAUCGGUUCUGGACCGACAUAUGCUGCCAUAAACAUCAUUAAAGAUAUUUGCUGAAAAACUUGAUAUCAUGCAGGAAAAAUGUGGUUAAUUAUUUUUCCCUCUUCUGGGUCUCUUAUAUGAACUCUGGAUCCGUAUGAAUUGGAGAUUUAAGCGUCUGUAGUUAAAAUUUCCUUUAUUUUUUGGUUAUGAAGGAGGAUGAUUCUCGCCAGUGGCGUCCAGGGAAUGGAAGGAUUUCGCCAGAGGUGGAGCUUGCAUGGACGCCUCGAGGACACCAAGUACUUCAAUUCUGCCCGUAUCUUUUAUUUUCUAUAUUAUUUGAAUUAUACAUGACAUAUUGGCAGUCGUUUGCUUAGUUGUUAAUAUUGCAAAAUGAUCUAGAAAAAGGUUCGGAAAAUGGGCUCUUGGCUGAACCCACCCCAUGAAACACGUGAUUCUGGGUUGGGUCCUGCCUGGAUUAAUCUGCAUGCAUCUAGAGAGAGAGAGAGAGAGAGAGGACUGCCACGAAGGAGGCGCAAUCAACAAGAAGGACCUCUGGUUUUGUAUGUCGGAUGGGCCUUUUCGUUAUGGGUUUGAUUUUGUUGUGGAAGGCUAGGAAAACCUGAACCAGCUAUGCUGUUCCUUCCCCUAGGGCCUAGUUGGCAUAUAUCAGUACAAUUUAUUGGUUGGAAUCAUCCAGGAACAAAAUUUAUUAUAUUGAGAGUAUGAGCACCACUGAGAUAAUUAAUCUCAUCGAAAUCUAGUGGGUAGUUUGUUAAAAGAAUAAAACGCUACUAUAUUAAAGGGGGAGUUCAUGUGAUACUCUAUUGCGAAAUAUUUGAAUGAUUAAAGCUAUCUUCUGAUUUGGAGAUGAGUUUCUCUGACGAAAGGGAAGCAGAUUUUCUUGGUCACAUUCCAGAACUUAUAUGAUCAACCUGGUGAAAAUUUCGUUAUAUUUCCUUUUGUUCCUUUUCAUUCAUUCUCAAGGGAUGGAGAUCUCUAAACAGAAGCCGUCUCUCCCUGCAGGAAAAGAUUGGAAUCGUUAAACCGAGGGCUUACCAACAGGAAGAAGGAAGAGUCUCCGGAAGUUCCAAGCAUGCCAAGCCGGAAAAGGUGGUUCUUUUGGUAG